GGUGGGGGAAGGUCUUCUGUGAACGUCAAACGAGAAACGUCACGUCAGCUGUUUUCUGGUUUUGUGUGGAAGUGGAGUGAGUUCAUCUCAGCUGUUUUAUGUUUGGGUAAUGAUCGAAUUGAAUAUCAACGAAGACAUUAAUCCCAGUCCCAUAGAUAUGUCCGAUAAUCAGCCUAUACCUUCGAGUAGCGAAUCGGCUCCGCAAUUCAUGGCGGAGGCGGCGAAACAGGAGGAAUUCGCCGAGCCCGAUAUAAAAAAGCGUAAAAUAUCGCAUUUCUCGGGCGACGAAAAGAAAUACAAAUUGGAGGAUAGGCUGGGCGGAAUUUUGUGCUGCGCAGUUUGUUUGGAUCUGCCUCGGGCCGCCGUUUAUCAGUGCAGCAAUGGUCACUUAAUGUGCGCCGGAUGCUUUACGCACGUGCUGGCCGACGCCCGGCUCAGAGACGAGACCGCCACGUGUCCCAGUUGUCGAGUGGAGAUUAGCAAAACGAGCGCCACCCGAAACCUGGCGGUGGAGAACGCCGUCUCCGAAUUGCCCGCCGAAUGCCAGUAUUGUAACAAGCAGUUCCCCAGGAACUCGUUGGUCAGACACGAGGAGGCCGAAUGCGAAGAGAGAAUUUCAGGUUGUAAGUAUAGCCGUAUAGGAUGCCCAUGGAGAGGUCCUUUGCACGAAAGGAGCGAACACGAGAAGGAAUGCGUCCAUCCCAAUCGUUCCGGAGCCGACGUCAUGGAGGCUUUGAAGUCCAUCGACCAUCAAAUGAACGAGGAACGUAUGCUCUACGACAGCAUAUUCGAUCUGCUGGGAUAUGAUAAGAUCACCAUCAACGAUGUACAAUUAAAACCAUAUCGCACUGACGAAUUCGUCCAUCGGUUGUUCUACGAAUCGUCGAGAUUUUCAGCAUUGAAUUACCAAUGGGUGGUAAAGGCGAGGAUAAACAACAACCAGAAGGACCCUACGCAAAGCUCCGAAAGGGACAUGUCUUAUCAGUUGAUAUUGAAGUCGAAGUCCGUGAAACCGUUGAGUUUGAAUUACAUAGCGUUGAGGGGCCCCGUCGGCGAUAUCAACGUGAAGCCGAGAAUAUACGAAUUUGAAUUUACGGAGCAAAAUUACGAGACGCCGUUCGUCAAAUUACCAUUGCCCGAUACGCCGGAAUGCAAUCGGCUAUUGGCAGCUACAACCAUUAAUUUCAGGUUGAUAAUGUUCUCGAAAUAAAACUACACCAAACUUAAGUAAGAUUUUUUUUACGUUUAUUUAAAGUUUACAAUAAAUUUCUUGUGCUAUAUAAGUCCUAGGGAUUUUUUGAGUAACGAUUACUUUUACUUUUUUUUGUGUUAUUUGUGGAUCUCCUUAGCUAUAUUUUAAGUGUAGAUUUAAUUAUUUUUAUAUCCAUGACUCGCUCUCGAAGAUAAAAUAUAAAAGAUGAAGAUUCUUAUUUUAUCUUGUAAGAGUUGAUAAAAUUCUAUUUAUGAGGAUUAGAGAGAAAAUUUAUAACGUCAACUGUAUGAUUGUUUGUUACCUUUAGGUUUUGUAUUUUUGACCGUUACUUGAAAUAUUUACGUUUAGGUUUAAUUUUUUUUGGGAAAUACUGACGUGUUGAUCAUCUGAAGAAAUGUUACGUUCUUGCUGGAUUCGAUGAGCAACAGGUUGUUAUUGAAUUUAUUUUUUUUUUUUUCAAUUUUUCGAUAAUGUUGGCGAGCAUUAUUUAUAUUAGAAAAUAUAUUAUUUAAAAACGUAGAGCACACGAUAAAGUAAAUUUUUUAUACCUACUCACAAAAUGUUAGUUAUUUUACUCCAGCCAUAUUUAAGCCAACAUCACCAAAUGUAUAUUUUUUUUAUUUUAUGUAAAUGUAGAAUACUUUUUAUUUACAUUGGAUUUAAAUUAUUUCUAAGGGUUGGGAUAGAAAUAAAAUUAUAAAUGUUAA